GAAGAAACGAAAUUUGACAUACCCACUUUAAAUGCGAGGUUAUAGAUUGUUUUAAGCAUUAUUUUUAAUCCUGAUUAAAAAAAAAUGGAAAUUACAUUAGAAUUUAGUGGAGGUGCCGAACUACUAUUCGGUAAUAAAAAAACUCAUAACGUUACAUUACCACAAAAAGAAAAUGACUGGUCGUUAGGAGAUUUAUUGAUUUGGAUAACAGAUAAUCUGUUAGUGGAAAAACCUGAAAUGUUUUUGCAAGAAAAAUCAGUGCGUCCGGGGAUUUUAGUUUUAAUUAACGAUAUAGAUUGGGAACUAAUGAAUACAGUAAACUACAAAAUUCAGGCGAAGGAUAAGAUACUAUUUAUAUCCACUUUACAUGGGGGAUAAAAUUCUAUUAUUUUCUUAUAAAAAAUUGUUCUACAUUAAAUAAUUUUUUUUAUUUUGUCAAAUUGUCAAAUUGUUUUUUCAACAAAAAUUAUACAAUUCUUUUUAUCAUCACUCAACUCGAUUUUUUAGCAUUUUUGACCAAUUUUGUUAGAAAUGAAUCAUUUUUAGUUUUUUUCUAUUUAAUAAUAUUUCAUAAAUUGUAGUUUAAAUGCACUGGGAAAACUAAUGUUUGGGAAUAAAAAAAUUAAUAAAUAUCAAACAAUGGGCACUUUAAAAAGUAACGAGGAUUGAAGAGAUACUUUGAAAGUACAUUUUACUUCAAUAAAGAAAAGAAUGCUUAGCAUCACACAAUUCGAUUUUUUAGCAUUUUUUAACAUACUUACAGUAAAUUACGAGGGUAGCUGCAAAAGUUUUCAAUUUACAUUGAAACAGAAAAAUACACAGGGCAUGGAAAAAAUGAUUUGAAGAUGUUUUUAUGUUGAAAAUUAUUCAUAUAGGCAGAUGGAUUUUGAUGAUAUAAAAAUAGAUGAAAUUCGAACUUUUUACAGCGCCUAAAAGGGUAUGUGGGGUCAAAAUGGUACUUUUUAAUGCCAUUUUAAUUCAAUUAAAAACUUUUAGCAUAUAACACUAUUUUUAGCAUUUUUCUACUAAUUGUAUUUAUAUUGAAUACUUUUUAUAUUUAUCCCUUUAAUCUUCAUUCUUCAUCCUCUAAAUUCAUUAUGUUGGUUAUCAUCAUUAUCAUGUUGUAGCAAUAUAUGAGGGGUUUUUAUAAUUUUCUGACUCAUUCUAUUAGAAUUAUGAAUCAAUUUUACUAUUUCUUAAAAAAAUUUCCAUUACUAGGGAUACUGGAAGAACAUAAAAACCACACAGGAAAAAUCAGAAAAAUAUUUCACUUCAACAGAUGAAUUUAACAAUGGAAUAAAUACAUCGAGUAACAAAAAAUGAGAAAAAAAAUGAAAACACGUUUUUAUUACAUAAAAUAGUUUUUCUUCAAUUUUCUUCAAAUUAUUAAGGAAAAAAGGAUCUAAAUUGUAUUAAAGGGGUAUUUGGAGAAGAUAAGAGGAUUAUCUUAUGAGAAUAAGGAAAAAAUUAAGUACAUAAUGAAGGAAAAACGAAAAGGAACUAAAAAAAUGAUGGAAAAAGUGAACAAAACAUGUUUUCAUUACAUUACGUUUUUUUUCCUAAUUCAAUAGGGAAAAAGGGUCUCAAUGAUAUUGCAGGUGUCAUUUCUCAACUGUCAAACGUUUACGAUAUGACAUAUCCUCAAAAAUACAGUGAAAAUUCUUUUUUGUGAACUGGUGACAUCUUGUUCAUAUUAAAUUAGUCUUAUUUUAAUUUUGUGUUGUCAUCCCUUAAAUGUCAAACAAUUU